AUGUUUUGUUCAGUACUGACUUGGAUCGGACUGUACACCGGUACUGUUUGGUUGUACGAAAAUCUUCGUACUCCCGUACUGCUGGUACUAAAAAGUCUCACGCAGUUAAUAUUCCGUAAAGAAUUCGCUCAGCGUUACGGCAAAUGGGCCGUAAUCACCGGUGCAUCGGAUGGCAUUGGAAAGGGUUACGCACAUUAUCUCGCCCGGAAGGGUAUGUCGAUAGUGUUGGUAGCUCGCAAUGAAGCCAAACUCGCUAAAGUGGCAACUGAAAUUGAAGUGAAACAUAGCGUGGAAACGAAAGUCGUGGUGGCAGAUUUCUCCAAGGGACCAGAGAUCUAUCCACAUCUGGCAAAGGCGCUCGUUCCGUUGGAUAUAGGCAUCCUGGUGAACAAUGUUGGCGUUUCCCACGAUACGCCCAUGUUUGUGGACGAGAUAUCGCAGCAGAUGCUAUGGGACUUAAUUAACGUGAAUGUGGCUGCUGCAACAUUGUUGUGUAAUAUUCUAGUGCCCGCGAUGAAACAUCGCCAACGAGGCCUUAUCGUGAACAUUUCCUCAAUUGUGUCCGUGUGCCCGUCGGCUUGUUUGGCUGCUUAUGCCGCAUCGAAAGCUUACAUGACAAGCUUUUCGGUAGCGUUGAGAGAAGAGUUACGCCCGUUCGGUGUUGAAGUUCAAACUGUGCGGCCCUCCUUUGUACACACCAAUAUGACGGAGUUCUUGGUGAAGGGUGUAAAGGACCCAUGGAUAGAAAAGUUUUUGGUCAAUGUGGAAAAUUUCAUGACGUAUGCGGGAUGCACGAUCGGUAAGGUAGACAUGACCACAGGUCACUGGUCACACGGUCUACAGAUCGCAGGACUUUAUCUGUUGCCGGAAUUUUUUCGAGUGUUUAUCCUUGGACAAAUUAACAAGAAGGGACGAAACGAUUUCUUCGUUAAAAAUCAAGCUGUAAUCACAGUAGAACAUCACUGA